UCUUUCUUUUCUGAACCGAAGACUUCACUUUGCUUUUGAGCUCAUUUCAAAGCACCAAAAAAAAAACCCCCAAGAAAAUAUGCAAAAAGAAGCUUUAGUUAUAUUGUUUUACAAUCUCUCAAGCUCAUCUUUGCUUCUCCUUCUCUUCCUAUACUCCUUGUCAAUUUUGCUUGUCAAUGUCUUCUUCUUCGUUGGAAGCUACCCACUCAUUCCAAGGACUCGAAAUGGAUACGAUUACAAGUUUUCAGAGGAAAAAGAAGAAGAAGAACAAGAGUAUGGCGUUGAAAGGUAUAACUAUAAGGUGAACUUCAUGGAAAACGACCACCUUGUGGCGGACAUAAUUCAUGGCGGUGAUUCACUUGUUUUACUGCAAGACAAUAGCUUUCGAAAGACUUGAAAUGGUGUCGACAUCAUUGUCGAGGAAUCCGUGAAGCCCCACGAUGAUGAUGAUGAUGAUGAUCAGCUUAUCACGAGUGAAGAUCAUGAAUAUUAUGUAACUUGCUCCACUGAAUAGUCGUCACCUUGCUCAGAUUCUUCUGCUGAUGAUGAUACUGAUUUGCAUGAUCAUGAAAAUCAAGACGGCCCCACUCCUAUAAUCUCACCAAUGGACAAAAGUUACAUGGACAAUGAUGAAGAUGAUGAUGAAAAUUUCAGUGACCCAGAAAUCAAACAAAGGGUGCAAGCAGAUUUUUCAAGAAGUGACAAGUUUUUUGUCAUAGAACCAAGAAUGGAGUCUAAGACGCUACUAGCUGAGGAUAAAGAUGAUGAAAAAAUCUAUGGAGAUUCUUACACAACCGGCUCAACAUCAAAGAGCUCCUCAGAGUGGAGAAGCUCAAUAAAUUGCAGAGAUUCAGUAACAAAUGAUCCAUUUUCAUCUUCCUCAAUAAGUUGUCCCAAAUGGGAAUCCUACACAGUAUUUCAAAAAUAUGAUGAGGAGAUGGUGUUCCUCGACAGAAUCAGUGCACAAAAGCUCCAAAAAACAGAGUCGCUGAGGUUCAUUCAAGCUUGCCCAAGAUCAAUAUCCGAGAGAAUAGUCCACAGGUUUGGCACAAUGAACAAAAAGCCAUCAGAUAUAAGACAAAACCCUUACCAUGAACUGGAAUCUGCAUACGUUGCUCAAAUUUGCUCGACUUGGGAAGCACUCAAUUGGAACUACAACAACUUCGAAUGUAAACGAGCCGAUCGGAAGGAUUUCAACUGCCUCGCCAUGGUUGCUCAGCAGUUCCAGGUUCUUUUGCAAAGAUACAUCGAGAACGAGCCUUAGGAGCAAGGGCGGAGACCCGAGGUUUAUGCCAGGAUGAGUCUUCUUGCCCCCCAAGCUGCUUCUGGUACCUGAAUAUCGGGAUUUUGAAGAAGAUGAAAGGGAUGAAGGGUUUGGGUCAAGAAUCUCAGCAGACACAUUUGGAGUGAUAAUGGAGGAUGGAAUCCAAACCUUCAUGAAUUUUCUCAAGGCAGACAAGGAGAAACCAUGCCAAAUCAUUA